AUGUGUAAUCGGGACAGCUCAAUUUUGUUUCAGACGCUAACCGUGCUCAAUCCCUUCCGGACUCCCGACUUCCAAGCCGUACAGGAUACUGAUCUGGCCGGACCUUUAGUGUUCUGCUUAGCGUUCGGAGGAUUCCUGCUCUUGUCGGGAAAGGUGCACUUCAGCUAUAUUUAUGGAUUUGGAGCGCUCGGCUGCCUAUUCGUGUGGACCCUUCUUAAUCUAAUGAGUACGCAAGGUGUAAAUGUCGGCACGGUUAUAACAGUUUUAGGGUAUUGUUUGCUGCCAAUGGUAAUCCUGUCUGGUGUUAAUGUGGUCUUUAAUUUACAGGGUUACGUCGGCACCAUUCUAACGGGAGUUGCCAUUUUUUGGUGCAGUUUAUCGGCUUCCAAGCUGUUUGUAAUCGCUCUACAAAUGCAGCACCAACAGCCACUCGUCCUGUAUCCUUGCGGUUUGUUGUAUGGCGUUUUUGCGCUAAUUACAAUAUUUUAAAGCACCUUAACUGGUGAAUACGUUAUAAAAGUGUAUUUUUAUAACACCGGACAAUAAAAUCAAUUAAAAGUAAUGGA